AUGCCCUCGUCCGUCGAGGCCGAGGACGCCUACUUUGCCUCGAACCCGCCGCCACGGCAGCUCGAGGAGCACACGGCGCGAGCCAAGGCCUUCAUCGACGCGCACGCGGCCGGCGGGCGGCGCGUGGUGCUGGUGACGAGCGGCGGGACGACGGUGCCGCUGGAGAAGCAGACGGUGCGCUUCAUCGACAACUUCAGCGCCGGCACGCGCGGCGCCACCAGCGCCGAGUACUUCCUCGCCGCCGGCUACGCCGUCAUCUUCCUGCACCGCGAGUUCAGCCUGCUGCCGUACUCGCGCCACUUCUCGCACUCCAAGGACUGCUUCCUCGACUUCCUGCGCGAGGACGGCGAUGGCCGCGUGGGCGUGCGCGCCGGCGACGUCGUCAAGGUGCGCUCCGUGCUGCGCGACUAUCGCCGCGCCAAGGAGGCUGAUUCGUUGCUCAUGCUGCCCUUUGUCACCAUCGGCGAUUACCUGCACGAGCUGCGCGCCGUGUCCAGGCUGAUGCGGCCCCUGGGUGCAAACGGCCUGCUCUACCUCGCCGCCGCCGUGUCUGACUUCUUUGUGCCGCCCGAACGCAUGGCUGAGCACAAGAUUCAGUCCACCGACGUCGUCUCGCAGCUAAAGCGGCGGCAGCAGCAGCAGCAGCAGCAGCAGCAGCAGCAGCAGCAAGACGCCGUGCCCAACGAGGAGCCGGAAUCCAAAAAGAGAAGGACGCGCGCCCCGGAACAAGAGAGGGGACAAGAAGAUGCCAGCGCCGACAAGAUGCAAAACGGACGCCAACCGGAAGAGCAGCAGCGGGAGCGCCAAAAAGACGAGGCGGGCGAGGAAGACGAGGAAACGUUUGACAACUUCGACGCCUCGCCGCGGGUGCCGCGCUCCAAGCGGCUCGUCGUCGACCUCGACCCGGUGCCCAAGUUCCUCAAGAACCUCGUCGACGGGUGGGCGCCGCAGGGCAUGAUAGUCUCGUACAAGCUGGAGACGGACCCGGCCAUCCUGGUGCACAAGGCGCGCGCCUCGCUCGUCCGCUACCAGCACCACCUCGUCAUCGGCAACCUGCUGGCCACGCGCAAGUGGGAGGUUGUCUUUGUCAGUCCCGGCCGCGACGACCGCUGGCUGCGCGUGCCGCCGCCGCCGACGGCCGCUGCUGCCGGCCGUGGCCAAGGUGGUGGGGGCUGGGGCGAUGCCGAGGGACGCCCGCUCCGGCCUGACGAGCUGCCCAGGGAGGACCCGGAGACGGAGAUUGAGGGGCUCAUCAUCCCCGCCGUGGCUGAGCUGCACGACGCGCACAUUGCCGCUGACAGGGACAGGGCUUGA